GGAGUUGAAAUUAGAUGAGGUUUAUCAAAAGUAUCAGUCAGCAGAGGGCGCUGUUGUACCAAGCAAGACAUUAUGACUCAGUUCAAUAAUGUUUGAAUUACCAGUAAAAACUAUAAUACAGAUAAAAACAUCACCUAUUUCGAUAUCAACAUGUUAACCAAUCAGCAUUUAAGUGAACAGUGUUUGCUGAUUGGUUGAGCCAGAGCCCAAAUAGACCCUGCUGAAAACUUCAAAUUUAAAAGGGAAAAUGACCUUACACAUCCAGAGCUCCAGUGAUUUCUGUGUGGUUUGUGCUACGUGUAAUUUUAACUUGUCUGUAUUUUCCUGUGCACCUUUGGCAAUUGGCUACCUUUAGGUGUGUAAUAUGUUGCCAUUCAUGUAUCAAACUCUCUUAUUUACUCUUCUUGGCGUUUUGGAAAGUCACAUUCCAAAUUCGCUUUUGCUCUGUUAAUGAAAUUGUUUCCUAGCGUGUCAGCUGUUGCUAGACAGGUUGUCGAACAUUACCACAGCCCUGACAGUAAAUAGUAAAGGUAAAUAUGUAAAUGUGUGUGUCGGGGGUUCCUCAAGUUCCUCAGUGCACUUUUAUUCAUCAUUUUCAUGAUUUCCCCUAACAAAGAUUAGGAAGCCCUUGCACAUUUUCCAAUAUAACCAUGGUGAUGAAAUGUAACCCAAGAGUCAACAUCUGUUCGAUAUGAAAUGAAUUUGAACUUUCAUUGGCCCAAAACUAAAGAUUUAGUUUUAGCCAAUGAAUAGGCUAAAGCUAACUAGCCAAGUCAUUGACAUUUUCAUGUUUUUCUUUUAAUGUGAUGAUUAAAAUUUUUCAUAGUUCUCUUAAUACACUUAAAGAACAGAACUGUUUAUUUACUUUUCUCUGAAGAGCUAUACAUUAUCAUAUUUCCCAAUGGUUCUAUGCAAAUAUGUCUUUGCCUUCUUUUGUGUACAAAAAAAAACCCACUGCUGUUGCCUUACGUCACAAGUGAGCGUUAGCAUGGGUGUAUGGAAAGCUCAUACACCCACCUGUGGGUGUGUUGCUCUUUGUAAAUACUUUUCAUCACAGAAUAUUCUACACAUUCUUUUAUGGACCUCAUCAGACAUGAAGCCUUUGACAGACCCAACUUUUUGUCCUCACUUGGUGAAAGCUAACCUAAAUUAAAGGGAGUCAUUUACUUCAGGAGCCCGUAAACAUUCACUUUUUUUUUUGUUCUAUUUAUCUAGACCUAGAAACUUAAAUUUAAUUCCACACAUUUCCAAACUGAAUGGAAACUCUGACACAGUUAACUGGGUGUAGAGCAGCCGUCCUACCUAAGUGGGAGUGGUUUAGCUCAGGAGGCAAAAACUUCAAAAGCCAAAUUAAAUUAGUCAUAUGAGUGACAGAGAGACAGGUAGGCACAAUGUUUGCUCUAAAUGAAGACGAAAAUAUGGACACAUCUGACACUCCGUGGCAUUGGUAUUACCAGGCAGAUUGUGGGAGGUGGCACAGAUUUGAGGAUGAUCCCAGUAAUCGUGUAAGGAGCGAGGAUAUAGAGAAAUUCUAUUUGAGUGACCAAUCCUUUAUGCUUGUAGAUGCCGGCAGCUACGUGAGCAAAAUAGAUUUUUCAGUGAUGUUGCAGACGGACCUCACCACAGGAAAACAAAGAAGAAUCCAGCGCAACUUUAAUCUUGAGAAUAGGUGUUCCUGUUUCUGUGCCCCACCUGUUGCCUGGGAACAUUUCGAUGCCACAGCUCCUUACCAGCUGAUCCCGCUGGAUAAACGCACCCCAGAGUAUCAGGAUGUGGCUCAUUAUGCGAGACAUAAUGGACUCCUGAAUGAGACCAUCGUAUCAAUAACAAGGAUACAAAACUUGGACCUCUGGGAAAUGUAUUGCAGAAAAAAGAAACAACUGAUGAGGCUUAAGGGUACCAACAACAUUCAAGAAAGACGGCUUUUCCACGGCACUGACAGUGAAAAUAUUGCCAGCAUUUGCACAAAUAACUUUGAUUUACGGUUGGCUGGUCAGCAUGGGAAACUUUAUGGCAAAGGGAUAUAUUUUACCACUUAUGCAUUCUUUGCAAACUCAUACAGUACCACCACUAGAGCUCUGACAAACGGUAAACUCACUAAAGUGAUCUUUCUUGCUCGGGUGAUGGUUGGGAAAUCAAAACCUGGAGAGUUUUAUUUCUGUAAACCAGAUCAUGGAAGUCUUGAAAAUGUUCACGACAGCUGUGUGGAUGAUCUCGACGAUCCCAUGAUAUUCAUCAUAUUUGAUCCAAAUCAGAUAUAUCCGGAAUAUCUUAUUGAGUAUGAACUUUAGUCUGUUUAGGAGAAAAGCUGCACACAUUUCAUUUGAAGCCCAGAUUUAAUCGUUUACAGUGGAAACCGUUUGUUUUAUAACUAAUUUAUUAUAUAAUUUUUUUUUUUGUAUUUGCAUUAGAAGUUUAUGAUUUUACAAAAUGUUACGAUCACAAAAUGAAGAUUUAGGUAUUCAGAGAUUCAAAAGAAAACUGUUGCAGAACCACAUCAAUGCUUCAUUCCUGUUUUAACCUCUUUUGAUCCAUUAAGGUCUCCUGCUUCUUGACUGCAUGUCUGGAAGAAACAUGCAGAUGCAUGUUUAUAUUAUAAGUCAUUAACCUGAAUUAUUAUCAAUCUUUUAUUUAUUUAUUUAUUUUAAGCUUUCUGAAGUAUUAGGUAGAUCCUGGCUUCUACCAAAAUCAUAAAUAGAUGGAUUUUGCAGAUUUCAUAUUACAGCUUCUGACAAUUCCACAAAACAAAAUCUUAAGCUCCAACAUGCUGUACAGUCUUUUAAUG